AUGCAUAAAAUCUCCAGAGUCGGACUGUAUUCUUGGUACAUUAUCAGGCAUUUCCCCAGAAUCGUAGUCGGCACCAUCAAAGAGACGAUGCUGAGAAUGGCAAGACUCAUUGACGAUAUCGAGUUCGAUUUCGGCGAAACGUCUUCUAUUAUAUCAGGUCCACGUAAUGAGAAGAGAAUCCGGUGUCGUCUACCGGUGGAUUCGGCCGUGGCAUCUUUUCAGCACACGCUUUCGCUUAAACUCCAACGCUCCGACUCCCCCACCACACCCCUGACCGGCGUCGUCGGCACCAACCGCUCCUCCGCCUGCUCCACUCCCGUCCAUCUGGUCCACGUCCACCCGAGCGGCCUGCUCCUGCAACCCGCCGCCGUCGGCUCGGCCUCGGUCCCGGCGCCGGCCGGCACGCCCGUCAGCCUCGUCCAGUUCAGCCGGCCGCAGACGCCGCUCCACGCCGGCCCACUCGGGCACCACUCGCAGGCGGCAGCGCCCGCGCCGGCCCCCUUUGCGGGCCCCGGCGCGCAGCUGAUUCAGCUGCAGCCGCGCCCCGACCAGCACGGCCUACUCCUCCCGGCCGGACUCACCCUCGUCCCGGCCGGCCAAUCGGCGCAGGGCGGCUGCGCCGCUGUCGCGUCGGUCUCCGCCGCCCAGCGCUACAGCACCGGCGCCCUUCUGGCGCCCUAUUACCACUGCCCCGGCCCGGCCGGAGCGUCGGUGCUUGCAGAGGCCGCGGGGCCCGGACGACCAGCUACCGGCUCCGUCGGCCUGGCGACCGGCCAGCGCCUCCUCCUCAGCGCCGCGGCUGCUGGCUUCCCGGUAAAACCGGCCACGCGACCCUUGCCCUUCCGUCCUCCUCGGAGGCGGAGAAGAGCCGUUUUUCUAAUGCCCAGUCCAGAUGGGUUUUGA